GCAUAUCAAAUUAGUUUGAGACUUGCUCAGAAGGCUGCUUCAAGCCUGGCAUAUCACACCCCAGAAAAAAUGCAAGCAGUGUCAGCCACGGCGGCAGCCCUCGUUCGGAGGACCACCACGGCGCCACCAUGGGUCAGUCGGUGUCUCUGACGGACUUCGACUGGCAGCUGGACAGCGAGGAACCGCACGCCGUCCGACGCAGGGAGAUCCUCAAGAAACACCCCGAGAUCAAGUCGCUGAUGGCCAAGACGGACUACAAGAUGGUGGUGAUGACGUACGUGUGCGUCAUCGCCCAGCUGGUCACCGCCUACAUGGUCAAGGACUCCAGCUGGUUCAACGUGGUGCUGCUCGCCUACACGUUCGGCGGCUGCAUGACACACCUGCUCUGGUCCAUCGUGCACGAGGCGUCUCACCGCACCCUGUUCGGCCGGAGUCGCCCGAUGGCCAACACCCUGACCGCCAUGGUGGCCAACACCCCCGUGGGAUUUCCCAUGGCCGUCACCUUCAAACGCUACCACAUGCUCCACCAUAGGUACCAGGGCGAUGGGCGCUACGACGUCGACCUGCCGACCUACUUCGAGGCCAAGAUGUUCUCCACCACUCUGGGCAAGGUGCUGUUCUGCAUCCUUCAGCCGGUCUGCUACUACGUCAGACCUCUGUUCAUGUUGCCGAUGACACCCACACUGCUGGAGGUCGUCAACGUUCUUCAGAUUCUGGCCGUCAACUACGCCGUGGCACACUACUGGGGUGCCAAGGCGUUCUUCUAUCUUCUGGGCGGCUCGCUGAUGACUCUCGGUUUCCACCCUCUGGGCGCACAUUUUAUCGCCGACCACUACCUGUACGAGAAGGGUAGCGAGACGUACUCCUACUACGGAUGGCUCAACAUGUUCGUCUUCAACGGAGGCUACCAUAACGAGCACCACGACUUUCCAUCUGUGCCCGGCUCCUACCUUCCGGAGGUGAAGAAGAUGGCGCCCGAGUUCUACACCAACUACAUCCACGACAGCUGGUGGACCUCCAUGAUCAAAUUCAUCAAGGACAAGGACAUGGGCAUGUACUCGCGAAGGGUUCGUGAGAUCCCCAGCGCCCUCAAAACCAACAGCAAGGACUCGUAGUGGACCAAGACGCCGUUAAGUCGAUAUGAAGGAAAACGAAGAACAAAAAUGAUAUUUCCAUCACCUAUUGCCGUUUUGAAGACACCGUGGCAUAUGACAUUGGACUGCAUCCUGACAAUAAUACUCAGAGAUUGAGCGUGUUCAGGGAUGUUGAAAAGGAGCAUGAUGCAUUGUUGUACGUGAGUUAUGCUAAGUCUGUGACUGCAAGAAAAUAAAAUGCACCCUAGCAAACUGUUGUAAAAUAUAAUAGGAAAGAUUCCUUGGAACGACGCAUCAAUAAAACGUUCCAUAUAUUUUAA